UGUUUUGCGUGCUGUUUUGCUACUCUUUUGCUUUGGUUUGAAUUCUGCUUUCCCAUCCCAGCUGAGACUGCAGAGUGAGUCCUCGUCCUGCCUGUAACAACCGGACUGACUUUCACCGCCGCUAUUAUGGGCCCUUCUCCUCCCACACUGGUUAAACUCGCAUUGGGAGCGGUUGGACGUAAUUUGACCAUAUUUUCACCCCAUCUCCUCGCAGCCUCACUCCCAGUCACAUCUCUCGUCGACAUUCUUCAUCACGUGGCCACUGGCGACUGUGCGGCUAAUGGCGGAGUGGUGGACACGGAAUAUCUCUGCACCUAUGUGGUGACCCUCUUCCCCUUACUCCUCCUCCCACUCCAUAAAAGGGAUCAGCUGCAUCGUCUCAUUCAGGAGGUGAGUGAGAAGGAGUUGAGCAGGGAGGAGGACGAGGGCAGAAGUGGUGAUGUUGUUGUUGAUGGUCACUCGCGACAUCGCCUACCACGACGACUUGCUACUGCUUUCACCAACUCGUCGUCGUCAAACACUAAGGAGGGAUUGCGACUAGGUGGUUUCCUUUUGGACGCUGGAUGGUAUUCGGAAACAGCAAUAGUCAUGAGACACGUGUUGGAGCACAUGAACACAAAUCUCGAACAACGACUGACUGCCUUGGAAAAACUCCUUCUCGCCGAAUCGUAUCAUAAUCUGGUGGGUGAUGCUGGAACAACUUAUUCCAAGUUAGUUGCCCUUAUCACAGAGUCGAAGGACGCGGAGAGCUUAACUCGCAUCAGAGUCUAUAAUGCAUUUUCCAUCUAUCACUAUUCAGAAAACAGAUAUGACAAGGCAUUGCGAUGGAGUAUAUCAGCAAUGAAUGGGCUCAAGCAGACGUACUGCCCCUCCCUUGCUGAAUCGUCUUCAUCACCGGCCAGUGCGAUGACCGUUAUUGACGUUCUCCGCCAAGCUGCCAUAUGCUGUUCUGUGAAGCGUGAACUAGUCAAGGCUAAGCUCCUCAUCACCAAAGUCCUCGUCCUAGCACGAUCUGUGUUUGGAACGAGGAGCAUCAGAUAUGCAGAUGCUCUCAUGGACUAUGGCUUUUAUCUCAUAAGCAGCGACAACGUACGACAGGGUGUGGACGUUUAUACCGAGGCUGUAGCUAUUCGGCAAGAGGCUUUUGGAACUUACAACAUUAAUACUGUCCUUGCACUCACAGAGCUAGCUUAUUCUCUCUACGUUCAAGAGUAUAAUACUGGAAAAUUUGGGACUGCUAGAUGUUACGCUGAACAAGCAAUGACAGUGGCGAGUCGUCUAUUGCCAUCCAAACACCUCCUCCAAGCCUCCUCUUCGCGUGUGCUGGCACUUAUUCUAGAGGAAAUCGCGAUUGAUAAUGCAGGAUCGCCCUCCGAGGAGAAAUUGUUAGUGGAGGCGGAAACCCUUCACAUGACUUGCCUCCAACUAACCCUCUCCGUGUUUGGGGAAAUGAACGUCCAAUCGGCAAAACAUUAUGGAAAUUUGGGGAGACUGUAUCAAACAAUGAAGAAGUAUCAGGAAGCAGAGGUGAUGCACCUCAAGGCCAUUUCCAUCAAGGAGCGACUCUUGGGUGAAUGGGACUACGAGGUGGCAUUGUCUGUGGGCCAUCUUGCUUCGCUAUACAAUUACGACCUCGGUUUAUUCCACAAAGCGGAACAUCUUCACCUCCGAUCAAUUGCGAUUGGCGAAAGGCUGUUUGGCGAAGCGUACUCGGGACUAGAGUAUGACUACCGAGGCCUUCUACAAGUUUACCUUAUGACCGGAAGGGAAAGCAAGUAUACCGAGUAUUCACGCAUUCUCGCGAAUUGGAAACUCCUUCAGGAUAUAAAAUCCGCAGCCGUUGACACGAAACCAAGCAGUGGUCAACUGGAGUCCUAUGAACCCCUCGAGUCCACCCUUAACCAAUUCCAUCAACUGAGCUGGUGUCGCUGGAAAGAUAAUGACCCUGACGCUGACGAGGAGGAGACGACGCCAUAAAUAAAUAAUUAUGAUCAUAACUGAGAGACAGAUCUGAGGCUGAGAUUAGAGUCAUGAAUUUGCAUUCCUUCCUCUCCAAAUAGUUGUAUGGUGCGAUAAAACAUCGAAAUUGAUAAAGGGUUCUCUCUGCGGGUGGUGUGGUGUACCCAGCAGUGUUGAACUUUAUAUUAUGUAACUACUUAUAUUAUUAUUAAUAAAUAUUAUUAUAUUGAUAAGUACAUAAAUUAUGUCAAAAUCAACACUAAUCCCAAAAGUUAGUACGCAAAUACAUUGCUGACGGUGAAAGCAA